AUGCCUCGAAAGUGGAUCGACAAAAAGUCUGCUCAGCACUUUACGCUGGUGCACCGACCGCAAAAUGACCCUCUCAUCCACGACGAGAAUGCACCUGCAAUGGUGCUCAACCCUACCCAGACCAAGAAGGGAUCAUCUAAAUCGAAGGAUCUCGAUGAUCUGGCUUCUGAACUAGGUUAUGAGGCCGAAGAUGUCCGCGCGAACGAGGGCGAGGCAGCUAGUUAUGGUGUUUACUUUGAUGAUUCUGAAUACGAUUACAUGCAACAUCUGCGCGAUCUCAACACUGGUGGCGGAGAGGUUGUUUUUGUGGAGUCGACGGCUACUGCAAACAAGGGCAAAGGAAAGCAGAAACAGUCACUUGAGGAUGCACUCAAGAAGCUGGACAUUGAGCAGAACGCAGGCGAUAUUCUCGAUGACGAAAUUCUUCCAUCCAAGAAUCUUACAAGGGUGACCUACGAGGCCCAACAGGAUAUUCCUGAUUCUAUCAAGGGAUUUCAACCCGAUAUGGAUCCUCGUCUUCGAGAAGUCCUUGAGGCCUUGGAAGACGACGCAUAUGUUGACGAUGGUGACGACGAUAUUUUCAAGGAGCUUGCCAAGGACGGUCGCGAACUGGAAGAUUAUGAGUUUGACGGCGCAGAUUUUGACGAGGAUGACGGCUGGGAAUCAGAUGCUACAGCCAAGCCAAACAAAGAGUACAAAGAUGACAACAUCCCUCAACUCGUACCGACAGAGCAACCCGAGGAGGGGCCCUCUCAAGAUUGGCUUGAGGAUUUCAAGCAAUUCAAGAAGGAGCAAAAGGGCGGCAAGGUCCCCGUUGCCCCAUCACAGUCUGAAAUGCAAUCUAAUUGGACGACAACUACUCACGGCGGCCGACGCAAGAAGAGAAAGGGAGCCCUGACGGAUAACUCGAGCUAUUCCAUGACCUCUUCAUCUUUAGUACGAACUGAACAGAUGACUCUCUUGGACGCGAGGUUUGACAAAAUUGAGGAGCGAUACAACGAGGAUAUGGAGGACGACAUGCAGUCGAUGUCUGCCGUUUCAACCAUGUCUACUGUUCAAGGGCCCGUUCGUGGUGAUUUUGAUAACAUCAUGGAUGAUUUCCUCGGAAACUUCACAAAACCUGGAAAGAGGACAUCCAAGAAGACUAAGGCUCAAACAGGCCUUGAGCAACUGGAAGAGAUUCGAAAAGGUUUGGGGCCUGCUCGAAUCCGCGGCAGGAUAAAAUAA